GCAGGUUGCAGAAACGCCCGGUCACGAUGGGGAACGUUUAUUUGAUUGUGUUUUAUAUAUUCAGUUCAUGUUUUUAUUGUUUUGGAGAAAUUACAUCCUGUGAAAAAGUCUCGGCAUGUUCGUGUGAGUCGGAAGAUGGGACCGUGGACCUCUCACCAUUGGCACACAAAGGAACGCCGAGGUUUCUCGAUGUCCAGAGCGAGACUGGGGACAAGGUGUCAUGGAAUCCAUGUCUGCCGUUCACAGAGGGGAACUGUACAGAUGUCGCUGUGUGUCAGUUCCGGCACAUAUUCCAGAAAGAAUACUACAACCUCGGGAAUCAGGACAGCGCCGCUUUCAGUGUCGUGGACGGGAGCCUCCGCCUCACCUACUCCGCGUUCACUCGCGGCUCUUCCCGACAGGACAGCGCGUCUUCCGGUCGACCAGCAUCAAACUCAUCUGUGACAACUCCCAGAACCCUGGCAUCCUCACGUCGACGGGGGAGGUCCCAGUCGGCAGCGGGCACUUUGAGAUGACGUUGAGAAGUGUCGCCGCAUGUGCGGUAAAGCCGGUUCUUGAAGCCAGUGACGACGCAAGCACCACCAUCAAAAUUGUCAGCAUCCAGACUGUCACCCCCCA